GGAAGCUUGGGUCUCCCUGGGAGCGGGUCUGCCCUUGGGGAAGGCCUCUCGGCUCUGUGCCCUGCAGCCCGACUGACAUUCGGAGCGGAUCGAAGAGGGGCUCGGCGGCCCCUGCGUGCACUUGUGCUAGCCCGGGCACGAGGGAGCGCCUCUGCGGAGGAGCCCAGGAAGUGGGGGAGGGAGAGACGCGCCAGAAUCUCGGUCCCGGGCGCCCUGGUCGGCCGCGGAGGAGCUGCAGCCUCCAACAGAUGCUGUUCCCUCUGCCUGGGAGACCGUCUUGUUCCACUGUCCUCUAAGCCUCAGCUCCAGACUCACCCUCUCAGAGAAGCCCACCCUGCUGCUUCAGGAAGUUGUGCGUCUCUGGCAUGCUACCUGCUCUGCUCCCCCAUCAGAGCUCGGCCAGGAAGCAAAGGUUGCCACAUCUCCCCAAGCCAGGCCUGCCUGAAGCGCUGCAUGCAAAUUUGGCUGCUGGCUAGGGCACACUAAACAGAGUUGUAGGCAUGGACUUCGUCAUGAAGCAGGCCCUUGGAGGGGCCACCAAGGACAUGGGGAAGAUGCUGGGCGGAGAGGAGGAGAAGGACCCUGACGCACAGAAGAAGGAGGAGGAGCGGCAGGAGGCACUUCGGCAGCAAGAAGAGGAGCGCAAGGCCAAGCACGCACGCAUGGAGGCCGAGCGUGAGAAGGUCCGGCAGCAGAUACGAGACAAGUAUGGGCUGAAGAAGAAGGAAGAGAAGGAGGCUGAGGAGAAGGCAGCCCUGGAGCAGCCCUGCGAAGGGAGCCUGACCCGGCCCAAGAAGGCCAUCCCGGCAGGCUGCGGGGACGAGGAGGAGGAGGAGGAGGAGAGCAUCCUGGACACGGUGCUCAAAUACCUGCCCGGGCCACUGCAGGACAUGUUCAAGAAGUAACCGGCCCUCCCACCGCAUCCCCACUCCACUUGUUACUAUUUUUUUUUUUUUUUUGGUUCUUUCUUUUCUUUUUAUUCAUUUAAGUCUCAGUUCUGAAGGGGAAAACCUCAGUUGGCCUCUG